AGCUAAUUCUUUCUAGGUACUUGCCAAAGAAUCAUCAAUAAAAUGGAUAUUUGUCCUAUUUGCUUUGAGCGAAUUAAAAAUCCUUACUUCUGCAACCCAUGCAGACACAUCUUUUGUUAUAGCUGUAUUUCUGCCUGGCGAAAUGGUACGUGUCCUUUGUGUCGAGAACAAAUCAAAUCAUACAACCGUGCCCAGCAAGUGUCUCCAACUGCUGCAGAAUCUACAGCAGACGCACCAAACUACGCCGAAAGAAGCAAAAUGUACGUGUUUAUCUUGAUUGUUGUCUUCAUCCUUGUCGACAUUCCAAGUUCAGCAGGAUUCUUGCGGUCCGUAGUAUACCCUCCAUGUCGUGAUCUGAUUCUUAUAAUAUGGGAAAUCUUGUACAUUGUACUGAUAACAAUCUUGAUGCCAGUGAAAAGUAUUUACAGGUUAAUUGUUGAAAUAGUCAUCUUUGAACUUUAUGACAUUUUACUUGCUAUUUGUUACGUGCCACUGGGUAUCGGUAGAAUACUUAUAAACUUUCCUUUCAAUUUCUACGAGGGUUUGAAGGUGUACUUUUUUGAUAACAGUUGGUCAUCCUUACUUCAUAGAACAGUCCAUCUUUUACUGGUUGUUUUGCUCAUCGAUUCUGCUGAACAGACUCUUUGGUUACGGGCAUUUGAAAGGAUUCAGCUUAAAGCCAGAUUCUACAGAGAGUAUAACAAAGUUCUUGAACGUAUAGAACGUAUCAGAGGAAACUCAUGA